GUAGAAUAAAUUUAGUGUUUGAAGUAAUUUAGUCAUUAUAUCUUUUAAUUAGUGCUAUUUUGAAGUUUUUGUUCUUUGUGUGCUAUUUUUCAUAAAUAAAUUGAAAAGAUUUAUAAAAUAAUAAUAAUGAAAUCUAAAUGGAACUUGUUUUAAAUUGAACUGUUUAGUCGCUUUUUGUUCUUUCUUGCAUUCCACUCAAUCGCAACAACCCCGUUUCCCUCUCUCACUUCCUUUCUAGGGUUUAUCUUCAGUGAAUGAUUCACUUUCUUUCGAGAGACCGAAGAAGAGAGCACGCAAUGUCGCUGAGACCCAACGAGAAGACUCAUGUCCGUCGAAACAGCCACAAGGUGGCUGUGGAUGCAGAGCAAAGCCGAAGAAGAAGAGAGUCCAAUCUAGUCGAAAUCCGCAAAAGCAGACGCGAAGAAAUCUUGAAGAAGAAGCGACUCCAUGUUACGCAAGAAGCUCCUCAAGGUUCCCCUCUUCCUUCCUCCGACUCCAUUGAUAAGAUGUUGAGGAACCUCAUUGGUCUUGUCGCUGGAGUUUCGUCGGAUGACCCUUUACUGCAGCUCGAGUCGCUUAAGCAGUUCAGGCUGAUUCUAUCCACCAGCAAGAAUCCUCCUAUUGGCGUGGUGAUAGAAUCUGGCGUUGUGCGUCGUUUCGUUGAGAUUCUUAACAAGGACGAUUCACCUUGGCUUCAGCUUGAGGCGGCUUGGAUUCUAACGAACAUUGCUUCUGGGACACGUAAGCACACCGAAGUGGUUAUUGAUCACGGCGCUGUUCCAAUCUUUAUCAAGCUUCUUGCUUCCCCUCAUGAAGAUGUCCGUGAACAGGCUGUAUGGGCGUUGGGUAACGUUGCUGGUGAUUCACCACAAUGCCGUGACUACGUUCUUGAGUGUGGUGCAAUGAUGCCACUCUUGGCUCAGCUGAAUAAGCACUCUACGUUGUCAAUGAUUACAAACGCCACCUGGACUUUGUCUAACUUUUGCCGUGGCAAGCCUAAGCCAGCGUUUGAGCAAGUCUCACCUGCUCUCCCUGUAUUAGAACGACUUAUUCGUUCCAACGAUGAAGAAGUCUUGGCAGAUGCUUGCUGGUCGCUUUCGUUUAUGUCUGAUGGUGGAGAAGAAGAGAUUCAAAGUGUGAUUGAAGCUGGUGUUGUCCCAAGACUAGUUGAGCUUCUCUUACAUCCUUGUCCAAGUGUGGUUUCUCCUGCACUUCGUUCCAUUGGGAAUAUAGUUUCUGGAAAUACUCAACAGACUCAGUGUGUGAUCAACUGUGGAGCGUUACCCAUUCUAUCCAAGCUGCUUACUCAAUACUAUAAGAAGAGCAUAAAGAGGGAUGUAUGCUGGACAAUUGCAAACAUCACUGCGGGCAUUAAAGAACACAUUCAGUUAGUUAUUGAUGCAACUAUGAUUCCAAGCUUGGUACAUCUUGCUCAAUACGCUGAGUUUGACAUAAAGAAAGAAGCUCUAUGUGCAAUAUCAAACGCCACCAGAGGUGGUUCUCAUGAGCAAGUCAAGUAUUUGGUGGAGCAGAGCUGCAUAAAGCCUCUAUGUGAUAUCUUGGUGUGUCAAGAUCCAAGUGUCAUCUCGGUGUGUCUGGACGGGUUAGAGAACAUUUUGAAGGUUGGAGAGGUGGAGAACAGUACAGGAGGACAGAGGAACUAUUCUCAACUGAUUGAAGAUGCGGAAGGGAUAGAAAAGAUUGAGAAGCUGCAGAGUAAUGACAACAAUGAGAUCUACGAGAAGGCGGUGAAGAUUCUUGAAACGUAUUGGGUCGAAGAGGAUGAUGAGGAGGCACAACAAGAAGAUGAUGGAGGUGAUGAUUGUUCUCAUCUAGGCAUCCAAUUUGGAAGGAAACGAAUUCAAGUACCUCAUGGAGGAUUCAACUUCGGUUGAAGGUAAUUUAAACUUACAAACUGUUAGAAAAGUCUUCUUCGAUAGGAUAAUAUUAGAUUCAUCAUUGUUUUCUCACUUCUUACUUGGUCGCUAACUAUAAGUACAUUUUCAAUAAAAAAAGGUGUUGAGGUUUAGAGUCUACAUUGUUUUGAAGUUUUGGGGUUAUUAAUUAGAGUUGUUAUCUGUAUAAACUGCUGUUUGUUUUAGUUGAAAAUAUUUCAUACAAAGUUACUCAAAUCCAUGAAAUCUGAUUGGUGGUUGAUUAUAGAACAAACAAAAGCUUUUGUAGGAUAAUUGGAAGAUGAAGUCAUUAGUUAUGGUUACAUAUUGCUCUGCUUAACUUACAUAAACUUCCUGCAAAACUCUAAUGAUAAAUAUAAAUAUUUUUCACCUUACACACCAUUCAAAGAAGAGAGAGAGGUGGUCCAGGAACAUGUAUGUGUGUGGUUCCACUGGGGACAAAUCAGUCGUCUCUUUCUUUCUUCCAUGUCAAUUUCAAUAUUUCUAAAAACUAUUUGGAGUAUUAUUGUCAGUCUUUGACCAGAUAAUUGAUAAUUCAACAUCAGGGGUGUCAAUUGGUUGGAUCACCCAUGGGCUAACCCAUUCUAAACAAACAUGGGUGGGUGAUGGUCAUACCCAAAUAAUUAAUGGUCCAAUUGGGUUAAAGACCCACUUUGCCCAUGGGCUAACUGGUCCAAACCAAAUGGGUGUUGGGCUGGCCCAAAAACUUAAUUUCUAGGGCUUAGAGAAUUUGGGAAAAAAUCAAUCAGAAAUAAUUUUUCCUGAUUCUUCUCUUUCUCUCUCGCGAUUCUCUCUUCUCUCCCAGAUUUCUUUUCGUCUACUGUUCUCGUGUUCAUCCAUACGAUUCUCUCUUCCCUCCCAUCGAUUCCCUUCUUCAGUUCUCUACAAUUUCAGGUAUGAUUCGAUUUUAGCUCUGAUCUCGCGAUUUCUCUACUUUCUGUGUUGUGGGUGUUGUGGGUUUUGUGGGUUUUGUGGAUGAUGAAUCUCGUUUCCAUUGUUUCCAUUGUUUACUCUAGUUUAUGUGUGUAAUAUUAAAUAUUAGCCAUAGGGAAGCUCUCAUCUUUCGGUUCUGAGAUUUGUCUAGAACUCAUUAGAUUAUGUUGAAAUGAGAAUAUAUAUCACCGAUUCUGUGUCUAAAGGUUUCGAAUUUGGAUUCUUAACGCUCUGUUGAUGCAGCAACUAAAUAUUCUUGCAGUCAUUCAGAUAAUAAUUUGGUUAUGGCCUUUUAACUUUGCUUUGUGAUUCUUUGCUGGGUGUUUUUUCCUUCUUGCAGGCUGAAGACAAGUAAAGAAGCUGGAAGCUGGAGCAAAGUUAUAACUUUUUUUUUUACAUAAAACAGAGAGUUAUGAAAAACUGAAGUCUAUUGAAUUUAAUUUACAUCACAUUUGUAUUCAGAAAUUUUCAAUGACAUUAAAAUUGAGUUUAGAUUGAGUUUAUAUAAAUUUUCUAUAAUUUUUAUUUUCUAUAAGUAUAUAAGUUUGUAAAUUGAGUUUACAAUAAUUGAUUAUGAACAAAAUUGAGCUAAUUGUUAAAAAGAAUAAUAAUGGGUGGUCUUGGGUUAUUUCCAAUGGGUAUGGGCUAACUUGGGUGUGGGUGUUUUUGGGUAUGGGUAUUAAAUGGGUGUGGGUGUUUUUGGGUAUGGGUGUUAAAUGGCCCAACUGUACACACCCAUUUGGGUGUGGGCCGCCCAACUUGACAUCCCUAUUCAACAUUACAUACAAAAGCACUAUCUUAUUUGGAACCAUGCAGAAUAAUUAUGUAUGGACUGAAUCAUCCCUAUCUACCUGGCCAUACUCCUUACCACUCGUGCCAUCUCUUUAGUUUGUUUGUUUCUCUACAUAACUAAUCCAUCAUUAGCAUCUCAAUGUCGCACUAAAUCUUUUGUUUUACAUUAGUGAUAUAUGGUAUCAUCAUCAUCUACUUUUAAGUGAGUUGGUGUGCAUCACUCAUCCUCAUUAAAUACCCCAACAUGCAGUACUCAAAAAGUCAAAUUCCGUAGAGAUCUUAAUCAACGGCUACGAUCUAACUCUCGUGAAUCAUUGAUCAAGACCACCGUACUCUGUACCGUAUGCGAUCGCACCGGUCAAAAGUGGCGCCCUUUUCUUUUCACUAACUCGAAAAACCUUUUCCUCAAAAAACUCCAAUUUUGGCGGGUGGCUCUCUCUCGAUAAUAGAAGAAGAGUUCAAGGGCAUUAUCGUCAUUUAACAACAAAAAGCAAGGGUUUAAUUUCGAACCAAUUUAUAAUUGCGUUUGGUUUUGUGGUCAUCCACGUGUUCAGUUCUAUUCUUU